UCAGUUUUCCAGGGGGAUCCAUCAUCGACUGCAACACAGGAGGCAAGAAGAAAGCACAGUGGGAAGAUAGUGCAAUACAGACAAGCUCAAAUCCUCUCCGAUCACAAAUUCAAGCAUCAUACGACAGAUUACGGAAAUGGACGCCCCCCUCUCAACCCCCUGCAACAUCCAGAUCUGUGAGGUGACCUGUGACUCCUUCCGCAUCAUGUGGGACAUGACCCCUGAGGACACCGCCAGAGCCACGCACUUCUUCAUAGACCUGAGUCGCAAAGAGAACAGGGACCCGAACCGCUUCAAACACAGGGACGUGCCGACCAAGCUGGUGGCCAAGGCCGUGCCUCUUCCCAUGGCCGUGAGGGGCCACUGGUUCCUCAGCCCGCGGACCGAGUACUGCGUGGCCGUUCAGACGGCCGUGCGCCAGGCAGACGGUGACUACCAGGUGUCAGAGUGGAGCCAGGUGGUGGAGUUCUGCACCGGGGACUACGCCAUGGAACACCUGCAGCAGCUUCUCGAUAAGGCCAAAGGUUCUGCAGGGCGGCUGCUCAAAUUCUCAGUGUUUUAUCGAAACCAGCACCCAGACUACUUCGACUACGUCAGGAGGGAAUGUGGAGGACUGAUGAGUCCGGCGCUGAAGGACACCAGCGGGAGUCACGGCUCCCCCAUCAACGGCAAGCUGCAUGGAGUCUUCUUCAGCUGCAACACGGAGUUCGACACAGGCCUCCCUCCCAAAGACUCUCCGUACGGGCCCCUUCGCUUUCAGAUCCCGGCCGGACACCUGCUCAACCCCAACAUCAGCCUCUAUUUCGCGGACUUCUACUGUAUGUACACGGCCUACCACUAUGUGGUGCUGGUGCUGGCUCCGGUCGGCACUGCAGGAGACGACUUUUGCCGCACCCGCCUGCCCAUGCUGGACUUGGCCUCUAACCCCUUUCUGACAUACACUGCCCCCCAGAGGCCGGGGGAGGAGCCUCUGUACUGCCACGCCAGCGAUGCCAUUCUGGAGGUGCUUUACACGGAGCCGGUCCACUUGGAUCAGGGCAGCGUGGAGCAGAUCAGCGGACACCACCAGCUCAUGAGUCUGACCACAGCCAACGCCAAGAAGGACCCGAGCUGCAAAGUGUGCAACAUCAGUGUGGGACGCUGAGG